UUUUUUUCUGCUUUUCUCUUCUCCCCCAGCUGGCAUGCCAAUUUGCGAAAUGGCCAAAGGGAACACUCCUAUUUACAAAUGGAAUGCACCAGAGCAGAAAUAAACCACACGGAAAUCUGUCAUUAUUCUUAUAAGGCUUUAAAAAAUAUUUUUUGUCCAUUUUUUGCCUAUUUAAAAUCUAUUAAAAUGACUGUGGAUGUUCAACAAGCUGCUACUAGCUGUGUUGGGAAGCAACAAAAUUCGAAGAAUACUUCAAAAACGUUUCAGUUAACAAUCUCUUUAAAAAAUGUAGAAGAUGGUGCAAAUAAUGUUACGUUCAAACAGGAUGGUUCGAGAUUCCCAACCUCACAAAGAACAAUAAAGCUUAUAACAAAUUCUAAAUACCAGAUUGUUUUAAGCAGCAAACCUGCUCAGGAAUUUACAAGCCUACACCUAGCUGGGAGUGAUUUGGAUCUCAUUCCAGAAAAGGGACAAGGCAUUGGAAGCUACUCAGCAAUUUGGGACACCGCGGGGAUUGAACCUACACGGAGAGGGGGAAGACAAGAUAUUUUAUUUGUUCUAGAGGGUCAAAACCAAACCCUUACACAAAAAUUACAGACAAAAUUUUAUGGAAAACAGGAUUCUCAUGGAAUAAUAGGGCAUAGAUUGGAGGUAUUGAAUUAAUUAAAUUUUUUAAAAAUAAUUUUUUAGGCAUUGGUUUGGAAUUGUGAAAUAAAUUUAAAUGGCCAAAUUAACGUAAAUGAUGAAAAAAUACUCUGAUUAUUUUUAUAAAUUUUUAUUUUUUAAUUUUGUAUUUAGCUAGUUUUUUAUUAAUAUCGGUUUAUUUAAAGGCGCUAGAACACGAGAUAUUAUUUAAAAUUUUGGCAAUGACCUUGGUCGGAUAUUGUGCCUGAUGGACCUGAGUUUGUGCCUCAAAUCAAGAAAUUCUUGGCCCAGGAAAACGCCAAGCAGAAAGUUAAAAAGCAUGCCAGUUCUGGGCUUUGGGUGCAGAAUAAAUCUAGGUACACUCCAGCGACUUCUGGCUGACUGAGACCAAGAG